CAAAUAGCUCUUCAGCUACGUACCAAAGCUUAAAAAUGAGUACGUACUUCAUUUGUAACGAAAAAUGUUAUAAAACUUAAAAAUAUCGCUAUUUUUUGCUGUUAACUGUGUUUCAAUUUUAUGGAGUUUGAAAUAUGUUUUAACGAAUUAUUAUAGUAAAAUUGAAUUCAAGUUAUACUUAGUUGAGGUUGUAAAUCACAUUAUAUAUCAUACUCAAUUUCAAGAAAAAUUUAAUUUAUGGGAUAAUAUAAUGAAGACAGACGAUUCUACAAAAUUAUUAAAUACAUCAUUUAAAAAAAAUAUUGAUGUCGAUAAUUUUACUUCUCAUAUAUUUAGCUCCAUAUUAAUUUCAAUUAACUGUAGAUAUGCGAAAUUAUUGCAAAUAUAUGACUGCUAUAUAACGAUAAUGAUAAAUGAAUGUGAAAACUAUUAUAAUAAAAAAUUAUUUUAUAAAUUUAUUGAGUGCACUAAAUUAAUUCAAGAAGUUGUUUGUAAUUCAAAUGGUAUGUUUCAAACUUUAUAUGAUAUUUUGAUAUUUAUCAAUAAAUUAGAAAUCAAGACCAUAUUUUCUGAAUAUGUAGCGCCCUAUACAAUAAUUAACGAAAUUCAUAAUGUUUAUACAUACACUUCAUCAAAAACAAAACCGUGUGCGUCUACUUAUAUAACAUCAAAUGGUGAAUUUGAUACAGAUGAUGCCUGCAAGGAUCUUUUAAAUAUCAAACAUUUUCAUAUUGAAGCAACUAAUAAGCUUCAUAAUCUUCCAUUAUUAGAUGCAAACAGCAAUAUGACUAGUAAUAUUUUUCAUAAAUAUUUGCUUGAAAAGUACAAUGAAAAAUAUGUGUUACAGCAAGAAAUAGAUAAAAGUUUUGUUCAAUUUAUUUAUGAUGAUCUCAUAAUAUUUUUUAAAAUAAAUAUCAAAAAUGAGAAUGAGAAUUUUGGAUUUAAAGAAUUAUUACAUCCAACUGUACCUGGACUUGUGCCACCAUUGAAUGUUAUUACUGAUCGUUUUAAGAUUGCUGCACUAAACAUAUUAUUUGCAAAACGUUAUUUUGAGCCAUUUAUGAAUAUUAAAAUUGUCAUAGAAAAUUAUAAAAAAAUAGACGCAAUUGAAGUGUACGAAACUAUGAAUUUAGGAAACAUUAAAAGAAAAUAUAUAUAUUUUGGACAAUUACUGAGGUGCAGAUAUGUUGAAAUACUUAAAAACCAUCACAUAAUUUUAGCCGCUAUAAUAAGCACAUGUAGAAAUGAUCAUUUUAGCAUUACUGUUAAUCACUCUGUUUAUUGUAUUAACCGACUCCGCAAUUCAGUGUCUUUGUCAGUUAAUAUGUUUAAAGCCUUAUUAUUUAUAAUGUCAAAACUAAAAAAAUUAUGUAUUUGGGAAUAUAACAUAAAAGCCCCAAAUUGUUUAAAAAAGCUAGCUAGUAUUAUAACGGAAUAUGUUUAUGACAUAAACGCUCUCAAUAUUGUUUUAUCUGAAUCAAAAAUGAUGAAUGAAGUUGAAGCUAUGACGUAUAUUGACAAAUUAUACGAGUAUUUUAGCAAACUAUAUAAAGGUGUACGUAAUGAAAUGAGUCAACACUUAAAAAACCGAUGCGAAUUUUCACAAGGAUUUACACAUACUUCAACACUGAAAAGUACAUUUAGUCUGAAGAUUUUAUCGGCCGUAUAUGAUUUUUCAGUUUUUGAAGAUAUUUGCUCAGAAAUGAAUUCCUUUUGUUAUAAAAUUAUUGAAAAUGAUUAUGAAAAAUUAGGAUUUAAAGAUUUAAUAUAAAUACUAUGCAUAAACUUCUUUUAAUGUAAAAGAUGUAUAAUAAUAAUUACAACAAAUAAAUUUACAAAUGUAUUUGUUGUAAUUUCAUUUUUAACUUAUAUAAUAUAUUACUGUGUUAAUGUUAUAAUACUUAUAUAGUCUAAAGCAUCGAGCCUCACACAUUCUUAUUCAUUUCUUUAUUAAUACUUGGUAAAAUUCAAAACUUUGUGUAAGAUUGUAUUAAACCCUUUUGCGGAGAAUAUCCCUAUAAUAAAUGUGUAUUUCAGUAUACAGAUUGCUGAUUGGAAGUGGAGGCAAGACUUUACUAUGGAUCGGGGCAAAAUAAAUCAAAAACAUAAACAGAAACACAAAUUCUCUCCGUGAGAAACCACAGGGGGUCUUUGAAUCAUCCGAUCGUCGAACAUAUACAUUCAUCAAAUAAUUUCCAGUGUUCUAUUAGAUUAUACGACCAAAAUUUUAUUGUUAGAAGAACGUAUACGUUCUAUGAUUGUUUGCAAUUUAUUGAAUAUAUUUUGAAUUUUAUAUUAAUACAAAUUAAUUUUUACUAUUUUAAAAUAUAAUGUUUUUCAAUAUAAAAGAAUUCUUUAAUAAUAGGGUCAUUCCAUGUGAAAUCACCUAAUGUGUGUGCUGGUAUAGUUCAGAAAUUUAUGAAAUUUAUAUCAUAGACUUCUUAAAGGUCAUUGACAACAAAAAUAAUAUUUUUUUUUUUUUAUUAUUGUUUUUUUACCAGAUAGUGCAUUUUUUAUAAUUAAAAACAUGAAAAAACAGCCUAUGUUCUAGAGUCUAUAACUUCACAUCCAAAUAAGCUAUCAUUGUGGAACUAGCACUGUUUUACUCAUAUUAAAUAGUACUUCAAUUUCAUUCUUAAGUUUAUGAAUUUUGAAUUUUUUUGAACAUCGAAAUUUUGAUUUAAAUUUUUUAAAUUUUGCAGUAUUUUAAUAGCAAAAUUUGAAGGUCAAAAAAUUUUUUAAUUACAAUUUUUUUUUUCUUUUUAGAAACUUUUAGUUAUAUUCUUUUAACCCAUAUCAUAUUUGAAUCGGUUUAUAAUUUUUUUUGUAUCGUUUUACGGUCUUGAACACGCGUGGUUUGCUGAAAAUAGCCAACUUUAUCAUCUCAUUACACAAAAGUGACUGAACGAAUUUUUUUCAAAUUUACAUAGUACUUACCUUUAGGCAAUUAAAACGUCUGGUGAAAAUUUGAUGAUGGAGAAAUAAUUUUAACGCCACUUAUAGAACUUACAAAAUUUACAAUUUGCGUAUUAUGGAAAAUCCACAAACUACGUAAUUUUCAACAUUUAAUUUUUAUUUUUUGCAUUUAUUCUGC